CAAGCCCCCACUCCACGUAUAAGUGCCCCCCCACUCUUUCUGUUUCUCUCUCACAAUGCAUCCAUAGAUCUGACCCUCUCCCCCUUCUCCAUUUAAACCAUUCUUGAAUCUCCUCUUUUAGUAAAGUUUUCUUUUACUAAAAAUGGAAGCAAAGAGAUUUAUCUUGGCCUCAUUCCUCUGCCUCCUAAUCUCCGUUUCCACGGCCGAAGACCCCUACCGGUUCUUCAACUGGAGGGUCACUUAUGGCAACAUUUGGCCUAUGGGCGUCAAGCAACAGGGUAUUUUGAUUAACGGGCAGUUCCCUGGGCCUCAGGUUGAGGCGGUCACCAACGAUAAUCUUAUCAUCAACGUCUACAACGGCCUCAGCGAGCCAUUCCUCAUCUCUUGGAAUGGACUGCUACAGAGGAAAAACUCGUGGGAAGAUGGAGUCGCUGGCACAAAUUGUCCGAUUCCACCAAGAAGAAACUUCACGUAUAUUCUUCAGGUGAAGGACCAAAUCGGCAGCUACUUCUACUUCCCUUCCCUUGCAUUCCACAAGGCAGCGGGAGGAUUUGGUGGUAUCAGGAUUCUUAGCCGCCCGAGGAUUCCGGUGCCUUUCCCUCCUCCUGCUGGUGACUUCACUUUGCUAGUCGGCGACUGGUACAAGGCUAACCACAAUUCUUUGAAAUGGAUGCUAGACAAUGGAAAAAACCUUCCUUCCCCUGAUGGGCUUCUUAUGAAUGGCAGGGGAUGGAAUGGGAAUACAUUCACAGUUGAACAAGGUAAAACAUACAGAUUUAGAAUAUCUAACGUAGGACUGAUGAACUGUAUCAACAUAAGAUUUCAAGGUCACAUUAUGAAGCUUGUCGAAGUGGAAGGCUCUCAUACUGUACAGACCAGCUAUGCUGCUCUCGAUAUAUGUUUAGGCCAGACUUACUCAGUUCUUGUAAUGGCUAAUCAACCUCCACGUGAUUAUUACAUUGUGGCUUCCACUAGAUUCAGUAGACCAACGCUCACCACCACCUCGAUCCUUCACUACAAAAACUCUUGGAGCAAACCCAUUGGUGCUCCUCCAGGUGGCCCAACUAUUCAAGUUGCUUGGGGUCUUAACCAAGCAAGAUCAAUCAGAUGGAAUCUGACUGCAAGUGGUCCUAGACCAAACCCACAAGGUUCCUAUCACUAUGGGAUGAUCAAACCCGUAAGAACAAUUAGGCUCGCAAAUUCUGCUCCAAUAAUCAAUGGAAAGCAGAGAUACGCGGUUAACAGUGUAUCCUUCGUUCAAGCUGAUACUCCACUCAAACUCGCAGACUACUUCAAGAUACAGGGAGUUUUCUCGCUUGGAAGCAUUCCUGAUAACCCAACUUUUGGCGGUGGUUAUCUCGGAACUCCAGUCAUGGCAGCGAAUUUUAGGGAUUAUGUAGAGAUUAUCUUUGAGAACUAUGAAGAUUCAGUUCAGUCUUGGCAUAUUGAUGGUUAUUCUUUCUGGGUCGUCGGAAUGGAUGGAGGUCAAUGGAGAUCAUCAAGCAGGAAUAGUUACAACUUGAGAGAUGCAGUUUCUCGUUGUACUGUUCAGGUAUACCCGAAAUCAUGGACAGCCAUCUAUAUGCCAUUGGAUAACGUGGGCAUGUGGAACAUAAGAUCGGAGAACUGGGCAAGGCAGUACCUCGGUCAGCAGUUUUAUCUCCGUGUUUUUUCUCCAGCAAAUUCUUUGAGGGAUGAGUAUCCCAUACCCAAGAAUGCGCUACUCUGUGGGAGGGCUUCCGGUCGCAGAACUAGGCCGCUCUGAUAUUCUUAUCAGGCGUUCGAUUUUUGUCACGAGAGGGUGACUCUUAAUUUCUUGCUAGAGAAAAAGCUUUAGCUCAAAGCUUCUGUGGGAACUUCAUUCCUGUUCAAUUUUAAGUUUAUGAU